UUGAUAUACUGCACUAUACAAGGAAUUGUUUAAUAAAUUUAAAUUAACGUUUGAUGUUUAAUUGUAAACAAUUGUGCAUAAUAUAGUUAUUUAUUUUAAAUAAUAUUGCCUCUGUCACUAUGAAAGGCAGAUGGCAGCGAAUUGGAAAUCAUCAACAUUUUAAAAAUACUGCUAAAAUGUCGUAUUGGAUUGGAUUUUGUAUAAUUGCCUUAUUUGGAAUUGCACAUGCGGAAGACCAAAUUGAUCUUAUUAAAGAAUUCGGUUUUCCCGAGUUACCACCGGGUAUAACAGCAGUUCCUGGCAUGUGUGGCAUGGAGAGAAAUCCAUAUCAGCUGCAUAAAUCACCCGCCUACAACGUAGACAAAGAUGCCAUCUUAACGGUGCAAACAUCGGAAAUUUUUCCUGAUGGUUUUCCCACAGAUUUCUCUAUAGUUUUAGCUAUACGCAGCAAUCGCAACAGUCAAACAUCAGCACCCAUAUUCACAAUAUAUUCUGAAGAAAGUGAAGAAGUGCUAUCGCUCAGUAUUGGUCCACAGAUACAAUUUAGUUACGAACAAAUAGAUGCGGGCUUUAAUCAACACAAUGAUAUUAAUUUUGGUAUUGGUAUUACUGAUGACAAAUGGCAUCGUAUUGGUUUAAGUGUUAAGGGCAGUUCGGCUACUUUGAAUUUGGAUUGUACGAAGCAAGUAACAAGACGAUUGGAUCGUACUUUGGGCAGUUCAAUUGCCACAAAUGGUUUGAUUUUGACAGGUGUACAAAUGAGUAAUGAUGAUGGUUUCUUUAUGGGCGAUGUUCAGAUGAUGUCCAUAUGGAAUACUCCGGAAGCUGGCUAUGAAGUUUGCACAAAAUAUGUGACACCCUGUAUAGAUGAAUCGUUUUAUGGCGAAGACAGUACAAAGGGCAGUAGAAGUUUUUCGCAUGGCCGAGCUGGAAGUAGAGGAAAUGCAUCUGGCUCUUCUAGAUCAAGAAGUUAUUCAAGUUCUUCAAGUUCCGGUUCAUUAAGUGGAGAUGCCUUACGCUCCAGAUCAUCAGGGGAUGGCAAGUCUGCGAACUACGAAUUUGGUUUGGCAGGUGAUAUUUCAAACGAUGGUUCUCUGUCAACUGCUGACCAAGAACCGACAUUGGAUUUAGGCAUAAUUGGUGAUACUUCAAAAGAAACAGGAUUUUCUUUGGGAACGGGUGCUUCAAAUGCAGCACCUUUAAGGCCAAGAACUGAUUUUGGAUUAUCUGGUGGUGCCUCAAAUGGAUUUGGUACUUCUUACCACUCCAAUGACACGAAAAAAGAAGCUGAAAUUUCAGAUAAUGAUUAUGGCAUUGAUGGAGAUUAUGAAGGUGUAAUAAAUUUCAGUGAAACUCCUUUAACAAGUGAAGAAGGCACACAAACGUUAGAUCCAACUAUGGGAUCAGAUGAAUUGGGAGCCGAGCAGCUACCAAAUAACGAUACAACUACAAAAACUCGAAAAACUAAAAAAGAUCGAAAGAAAUCUAAGAAAUCAUCGAAAGAAGAAUUUUCUGGCGAAAUAGAUUUCACCAAUCCCAUCGAUUUGGGAAAUGAAGCAACUAAUAGAAAUACAACUUUUAAUGUCACAACAUAUGAUAGGCCCUUUGAGGCUGGUAGUUCACCUUGCUAUCCAGGACCUAGAGGUUAUACAGGUUUGCCAGGUCCACCAGGUGAUCGAGGCCCAAAAGGAGAACCUGGCCGUGAUGGUUUACCAGGAUCAGAUGGAGUUCAAGGUCCCGCUGGUCAUGUUUUUGUGGUGCCAACAGUUCCAGGUGGCAGUGGUGGUAAUGAGAAGGGCCCUGACCCACAAGCUGAAGCUUUACGACAAAUGAUUUCUCAACAUAUGAUGGCUUUACGUGGCCCCGAAGGUCCAGCAGGUUUAACCGGACCGUCUGGUCCACCUGGACUAACCGGCCCUCAAGGACAAAAAGGCGAACCUGGAGAUGCUGGUGAGCCAGGUUUACGAGGCCUUCGUGGUCCCAACGGCCCACAGGGACGGGAAGGCAGACGUGGCCGUUCUGGGCGAGAUGGUGAACGUGGUGCCCAAGGCUCUCAAGGUCCUAAAGGUGAAAUAGGACCCAUUGGUCCAAUGGGCAUACCAGGAGAAAAAGGACAUCGUGGAAGUCCUGGACAAAGAGGUGAAAAAGGUCAACAAGGUGUAGAAGGUCAUCCUGGUGAAGAUGGUCCUCCAGGACUACCUGGACUGCCAGGUGAAUUGGGCCCUAGAGGUUUCCCUGGCCCACGUGGUUUUCCCGGACCUAUUGGAAAUCCGGGGCCUCAAGGUAAUGAAGGUCAAACAGGUUCUAAAGGUAACACUGGCCCAACUGGUCAACCCGGUGCACCAGGACAACAAGGCUCACAGGGACCAAUUGGAUCUCCUGGUCCUCUAGGAAAAUCUGGUCCACCUGGCAUACCUGGUCCAAGCGGUAAACCUGGUUUACCCGGUUUGCCAGGAGCUGAUGGCUCUCCAGGUGUAGCAGGUACUCCCGGUCAAACAGGACCAAAAGGUGAUCAAGGCGUACAAGGUGUGCAAGGUCCUGUAGGUUUUCCUGGACCUCGUGGCUCUAAAGGUGAUGAUGGUCUUCGAGGACCUCCGGGAGACAAAGGUGAUGCAGGUGAUCGUGGUAUUGAUGGAGAAAAAGGUGAUAUGGGUGUACCAGGAGAGCGUGGUACAGCCGGUGCUGCGGGAGCUCCUGGCCCCGAAGGCCCUGAGGGACCGAAAGGUUUUGAGGGCCCAAGAGGUGAAACUGGUCCACAAGGCUUGACAGGGGAGAAAGGCAAACAAGGCCCACAAGGUUUCCAAGGCUAUCCUGGACCUUCAGGUGAUAAAGGAGACAAAGGUGCCACCGGUGCUACGGGGCCAGCUGGUAUUAAAGGCGAAAGAGGUCCGCAAGGUCCAUCUGGUGAGAGGGGUGAAACUGGUCCCAGAGGUUUUAGAGGAUCUAGAGGUAGACGUGGUAAUGAUGGCAGCACCGGUCCCAAAGGUGACAGUGGUCAACCUGGUCCCCCAGGAAUACAAGGCGAAAGAGGUCCACAAGGCGCUGAAGGACCUAGAGGUUUUAUUGGAAUGCCAGGUGUACCAGGAUCUGAUGGUAAAACUGGACCACAUGGUCCUCCCGGUGAAAGAGGUCAACCAGGGGAACCAGGUAAACCUGGACCUAUUGGAGAGCUGGGUGUUAUUGGACCAAGAGGUGCUCCCGGAGAAAUGGGGCCAAUUGGAGAACCUGGAAUACCAGGCUUACCUGGACAACCUGGAGAAGCUGGUAUACCGGGAGAAUCUGGUAAAGAAGGUCCCCAAGGACCAGUAGGCCCUAUGGGUAAUCAAGGUCCCCAAGGCCCUACCGGUCUGCCAGGUUUCCCAGGAGAGAGAGGUCAUCAAGGACAACCAGGUCUUCCGGGUUUAAAAGGCGAACAAGGUAUGACAGGUGGUCCUGGCUUAACGGGCGACAAAGGACAAGCUGGUGUACCUGGUCAAUUAGGUCUACCUGGACCACAAGGAAAUCAAGGUAAUCCUGGAAAUCCCGGAGCUCCAGGAGCUAAAGGUGAAGUUGGUGAAAGAGGCCCUAUAGGUCCAGCGGGUAGAGAUGGAAUAACUGGACUUAGAGGUUUACCAGGACCACCAGGCCCUAUGGGCACUCCAGGUGAAGAUGGUGACAAAGGAGAGGCUGGAAUACCUGGAGAAAAGGGUCUGAAAGGAAACCAAGGCGAACAAGGUCCUGCUGGUCCCGCUGGACCUCAAGGUCCUAGAGGAGAAUCUGGCCCACCAGGAUCUCCUGGUGAAAAGGGUCCACCGGGCGAACAAGGACACCGUGGUAUUAAGGGCGAAGAUGGUAAACAGGGCUUGCCUGGUCUCAUGGGAAAAACCGGUUUGCAAGGUCUACCCGGUCCAGCUGGAGUUAAAGGUGAAAGAGGAGAUGAUGGCUUAAUGGGCCCCGUUGGGCCUCCAGGUCCACCUGGUGAUCAAGGUCGCAGAGGACCAAAAGGUGCAAUUGGGCAUCAAGGAAAACCUGGACCACGUGGUCUUCCUGGUUUAACAGGAGCUGAUGGUCCUCAGGGACCUCCGGGUCCUGUUGGUCCAACUGGACGUGCCGGAGAGAAAGGUAUUGCAGGGCCUAAAGGAGAAGAAGGUAAAUCGGGACCUGUAGGUCCUCAAGGCAGACCCGGUGUGGCUGGUCCAGAGGGUCCUAAAGGUGAUAUAGGUCCAAGAGGUUUUCCUGGUGCUAGAGGAGAGCCAGGUUUGGUGGGACUUAAAGGCGAUGUUGGUCCUGAAGGUGAGGAUGGUAAACCGGGUGAACUUGGACCACCAGGUGAACAAGGUCCCGAAGGUAGAAUAGGAGAGACAGGACCACCAGGUAAACAGGGUCCUGAAGGACCUUCUGGCAUGCAAGGCCCAACUGGGCCUCAUGGAGAAAAGGGUGAUAAAGGUGAUUUAGGUCCUGAAGGACCUUUAGGCAUGAUCGGUCCUCAAGGACCUGCUGGCGUACAAGGUCUACGUGGAGCUAGAGGACCGCAAGGCAUAGUAGGAGACAUCGGUUUACCAGGUCUUGCUGGACCGGAGGGUAAAGAAGGUAAAGUUGGUUUACCGGGUCCGGCAGGACCCAAAGGCGAUAGAGGCAGAAGAGGUCAAAAGGGCCAUCGUGGUGAACUUGGUAUGGCGGGUAUUAAAGGAGAACAAGGUGAAAAGGGUGAUCGAGGCUUCAGAGGACCCCAUGGACCAGAAGGCCCCAAAGGUGAUCCAGGUCCAUUGGGUCCUGUUGGUCAUAAAGGUAAUGAUGGGCCACCUGGUUUGCCGGGCAUGCAUGGUCCAACUGGUCCCAAAGGUGUUGAUGGUCGAGCUGGCAAUAAGGGUGAAUUAGGACCGCCCGGCCCACCUGGUGUACCAGGAGCACCCGCAGAAGCGCCCAUGAUACCGCCCGAACUAUUAUUCCAAAUGCAACAAUAUUCCACUACUAAAGCAGAAACCAGACGUCGCAGAGACGUUGACAUAUCAGCCGCAAUUGAAGACGAUGAUGAUGUAAAUGAACUAAUGGGUGUAUUUUCAAGUCCUGUGGCAAGAUCCAACGAAGAUAAGAAGAAAACAAAACGCAAGAAAAAGAAGAAAUUAGAAACAUCUGAGGCUUCUGACAAAAUAGUGGAUAUGUACAAUGCUAUAUAUGGCAUGCGCCAAGAAAUGGAUAAAAUUCGGAAACCCACAGGCACCCAAGAUAACCCUGGUCGUUCUUGUCGCGACUUGUAUUAUGCACAUGCCCAGUUUGAAGACGAUUGGUAUUGGAUUGAUCCUAACGGCGGUAUGCCAGACGAUGCCAUUAAGGUUUAUUGUAAAAUGUCAAGUAAUGGAGAAACCUGCAUAUAUCCCGAUGUUCAUACAUCGGAAAGACCUCUGGUGCCCAUGCGCCUAGGCAAUGAAAAACAAUGGUUUUCGCAAAUGCAGGGUGGUGCCAAAAUAAGCUAUGAUGGCAUAGGAGUAGUUCAAUUGACUUUCUUGAAACUUUUAUCACAAGAAGCAUAUCAAAACUUUACGUACUACUGUCGCAACUCAGUGGCCUGGCAUGAUCGUACACACAAUAAUUUCGAAAAGGCGCUCAAAUUUAUGGGUGAUAAUGAGAUGGAAAUAACAGUGGAGGAGGGUGGUCUUAAACCGGAAGUGGUUAAAGAUGAGUGUGCGAAUACGCAUGCUUCGGGAUCAACCGUUUUACUUUUUACAACAAAACGUUUAAGUUAUUUGCCACUUAACGAUUUUUUGCCCUCGGACUAUGGCAAAGAAAAUCAAGCCUUUGGUUUCCAAGUUGGUCCCGUUUGUUUUAAAUAGAUGUUUAUUUUAAUUU